CUCACUUAAAUCAUCAUCAUCAUCUUCUUCUUCUUCAUCUUUUCUUAAACUGAUACCGUUCUUAUGACUGCUUCGCUCCUUUCCUAACUCUACUACCACAUGGCGUACUACGACAACCGCCAUUCCUCUAAUGAUCGCUAUGGAGGUACCCAGCAGGUAGAGGUUGCUAGUCAUACACACGGUGGUCGCUCUGGAACCAGAGACAAAUAUUACCGUGACCAUCCUUCAGGAGAUUAUGGUUAUGACUAUGGUCGUGACCCUUACUAUAGGCGAUCCAUGGAUGGUGUUUAUAGGUCACACUCUGCGGCUGGGUACCAUGAAGACCCAGGCUACUAUCGAUCCCAUGUCCGACGAUCCAGGCGUUAUGACGACCGACGCGAUCGCGACAAUUACUCCCAUUCUCGAUCAACUAGCCGCUCACCCCCACGCCGUCACAGAUCCUCGUCAGACCGUGCUCCUGGCGCGUCGGGCUUAGGAUCAGCGGCGGUAGCAGCCUCUAGGUCGCAUGGCAGUGGCCGUGGUCGCUCGCGUGGCCGAGACCGUCGCUCUUACUCGUACUCGCCAUCUCCAUCCCGGGCAAGUCGUCCCCACAGCGACAAGGGUGAGCAGCGCAUCACUCAGGCUGUCAAGGCAGCCUUGACUGCAGGAGCGAUUGAGGCUUUCCGUGUCCGUAAGGAGCCUGGCGAGUGGACUGGAGCGAAAGGCCGACGGGUUCUCACGGCUGCGAUCACCGCCGGCGGGACAGAUGGGCUCGUUGACCGUGACCCAAGCAGACAUUCCAAGCGUCAUAUCAUCGAGUCGACGCUUACCGGUCUGGCCACGAACCGGAUUGUGAACGGCUCUCGAUCCCAUUCCAGGUCCCGAAAACACUCAUCGCGUUCCCACUCGCACGGACGCAGUGGAGCUAAGGAUGCCGCCCUCGCCGGUAUCCUCGCCGCUGCUGGUAAGGAAGCCUAUGAUCGAUUCCGCUCCAAAGAUCAAAAUCGGGACCGUCACAGGUCCAGCUCUCGGGACAGCUAUGACCACGAUUCCACGCGCCCCCACCGAUCCAAGAAGCGCAGCAAGAGUGUGACCGACUACCUCAAUGAAGGUAUAGAAGCAUUGGGAUUCAAGGAAGGGGACAAGGGCAAAUAUCAGGACAGAGAUGAUCGGUCCCGACGGCAUCACCGAUCAUCGCGUCACGUCGACUCCUCGGAUGAUGGCCGCUACAGCGACAGCGACUACUCUCGCCGCCAACCAAGCCCAUCACGGGGAGGCAGGCAUUCCAGAGAGGUGAGUCGAUCUUUCAACACCACCUCAAUGGGGAACAGAGGCGAUGAGGGCUACGGCUACGGCUACGGAUACGGGCACUUGGACACCACCCUCAGUAGACCGCAGUACUCUCGCUCUGACUCCCGAACCCUCCCUAAUGCCCGCUCUCGUGCCCGUCAUGGAAGUAAGAAGAAUAAUAACCCUGACUCUGACUCGGAGAAUAGUACCGAUGAGGACAAGAAACAAAGAAAGCUCAACAAGGAAACCCUCUGGGCUAGGGGACUUGGCCACAGCCGCCACCAUCCAUGCCGCACACACUCGCUCGCUGAAAACGUGAAAUCACCCCGGAAGAAGCCCGCCGCUGCGAGUAUCCACGGCGCCGUCUCGGAAUGGAACCAUGUCGAUAAGAAACGACGCGAGCGCACAUCAUUCCAGAAGGAACGCGAAUCGAAGAAAACCAAAAUCCGUUAA